AUGCCAACUAAGGCAGCAGACUUAGUCGACGAAAAUGCCGGGCAACGGGAUAACAUCGGAUGCAAGGGAAAGAUGUCUCAAUAUAGGGACUCACUGAGGGAGGAGAAGGAAGUUAUCGAAACCUGUGAGAUAAGUAAAUAUGAUGAUGAAAACUUGCAGAAAACUAUCGACGAUAUCCGUUUGGUUUUGGAUGUUGCCAAUUACAUUUGUUCCUCGCUGUCGGAAGGCAUGUUGAUGUUACCACAGACGCUUCAGGACACCGUUGAGGUUAUACGCAGUCGAAUAAAAGUAGUACCGCCUUGGGUCAAGAUCGAUAAAAAUGCAGUAGCUGUUCGUCUUUGGAAGGCAGCUAAUGUAAUGGAUCAGUUGUCAGAGUAUGCUAUCGAAACUGAGAAGUUGGCAAAACGAACUGCUGCUCUUGCUGCAGAAGCAUCCAAGAAAGCAGAUAUGACAGCAUCAGAUCUGACUGCAGCUUUAAAGGAAUUACAGAAAGCCCAAGCAGACACUGAAUCCCGUGAAAAGAAGGAAAAGGAAGAGAAGGAGAAAUCUGACAAAAAAGAAAUCGCCAAUGAAGGGAAAAAACAUGCUGAAAAAGUGCGCAAAUUAGCAGAUGAAACAUCCAGUGUAGUUAAUGAUGCGAAAAAAAUCGUUCAAAAUGCAGAAAAGCUAGCUAAACAGAGUAGCGGAACUAAUCCGGAAGUGCCAACAAAGUUAGAAGAAGCACAAACAGCAAUAGAUAAAGCAACAGAAGCUUUGGUGGAAACAAAAAAAUCAGCUGAUGCCGCAGAGUCCACUUCAAGCAAUAUGGCCGAUUUAAGUGCAAAGAAAAAUAUUCCUGUUGAUACAGUCAAACAAUCCGAAGAUCAGAUACAACAACACUUUGAAAAAGCAAAUGAAUCGUCAGAAGAAGCAAAAACAUACGCCAAGACAGCAAAAAGGGCAGGAUCUAAGGUAGUCGAGAUUGUAGAAGAAGAAAAAGCUCGGGAUAAGGCAUGGAAAACGGCAAAAGAAGCUAAAAGUGUUGCAAAAGCAGUACGGAAAGAUGCAGAGGUGGCGAAUACUUCUGUUACUGAUUCAGAAAGAUUAGCAGAUGAUAUCAAGCGAGAUAUUGAAGAAGCUGUGACGGUUGAAGACAGUUUAAGAUCACUUAUAGAAGAACUGAAACAAGUUUCAGAAAAUGUGACAAAAGCAGCAGAGAAGGCCGAAAUACAGUCAGAAGAAAUAGAAAAACUAAAAACAGAAGGAGGGGAGUCGGAAGAUGUGGCAAGGGUUACUGCAGAAACUAAAGAUAUUAUCAGAGAAGCUAAAGAAUCUGCAGAAAGUUGUAAAAGACUUUCGGCAAAAGCAGCUGAAAUUGGAGAACGAGCUAAAAUACUGAUUGAGAAACAGGCAGCUGUUGCAACAAGCAAGUCAUUUGCAGAUGAAGCCCAAUCUCUUAUUGCUGAACUCCGACAGCUGGAUGAAGAUGCAACACAGGCAAUUUCAAAAGCUAAGGAGAUGGUGGGCGAGGAGAAUGUAGAUAAAUCAGAGAUGUCAAAGAAAAACACCGAAACAGUUGGUGGAACAAAAAGUGCCGAUCUUGAUUGUGAAUCCAUUUUAGUAGAUGCAGAAACAAAUCACAAAGAAGCAGCAGCAAUCUUGGAGGAAGCCGAAAAAUCUGUCGAGAAAACUACAGAUGCUGCACAAGACGUAGAAGAAAGAUAUAAAACUAACCACUCAGUAGAUGACAUAAAUAAAUUUGCAGCAAAAACAGGGAAAUGUAUAGAGGAUACAAGAGCAAAAAUAACGAAAGCAACACAGAAUGAAGUGAAAGCCAAAUCAUCAGCAACACAAAUUAUAAACCACAUAGACACUGGGAGAACAAGAAUACUUGGUAAUGAAACUCUACGAACAGCCAAAGAUUUUCUACAGCUUGCCUAUAAAGACCUGGAAGAAUCCAAUUCCAUUUCGACUGAAGCUCAGGAAAUUGCUUCCAGGGUGACAUCAGAUAUGGAAGAUAGUGAAACCAUGGUUGAAGGAAUCAAAGUUACUGGAACAAAGGCAAAAGGAAAUGCUGAAACAUUGCAAAGGCUGGUGACUGACAUAGAAGGCAGGACAUCAAUGUUGGAGACAUCUAUGGCUGGAGCAGAUCAAUUACAGAAAAUAAAGGACGACAUUGCCCAUCUUAAACAAGGCAUAGAAGAGAUGACAACAGUAGCUGAAGAAGCAAGAGAGGUUAAUAAAGAUUGUCGUACAAAUGCCAGUGAGAUUGGACAGCGGGUUGCAACACAUGAAAGACUUGAAGCAUCCAAAUCGACCUCUCCUUUAAUUGACGAAGCAAAAAGAGUGGCCAGAGACGCUCGUGAGUUAGUUCAAGAAGUUAAACAGUCUACAAAGGACACACAACAAGCAGCCGAUGACUGUGGAAGAGACACAGAUGAAGCAAGACGAGCAAUACAAAUAGCAGAAGAGGCAGUUCAGGAAACCAGGAAAGCUGGGAGUGAGGCAACACGUUCAGCUGAAUCUAUUGACAGGGCUAUUGAUGACUUGACAUCAGUUAUAAAAAAUGAAAAAUCAACAGCGCAAGAAGUAAAGACAAAGGAAGAAAAACUAAGAAAUCGCACGGGCAUUGCCGAACAAGCUAUUGAAAAAGCAAAAUCUGCCAUGGAAAGAUCAGUUCACGCAGUUGAGGACAUGACAAAAAAGAACCCUAAACACUGGACUUUUAAAAAGUAUGUAUCGGCAGAUGGAGAUGUUCUCUCUGUUGUGCGAGCUCCUGAGGAGGUAUUGGAAGGCUUGGAAAUUGUAUGCAAGGAGAACGAGAGUCUAACAAAAACUGUGAUUGGAGAGCAUGAAGAGUUACUAAGCAACGUUGUUUCAUUGGACCCCCAGGAUGCAACUUUGAAGAAGCCUGUACUGAUUGCUAUACGAUACACACCAACAGUACGAAUCACCGGCUACGAGGUCGUUGUUAAAGCGAGAGACAAAAGUGGUGACUGGAAGGUGGUGGCAACAAAUUCAACAGAGAGAAAUUUUGAUGAAAUUCGGGGGCUGACGUUUGCUGAGGUUAAAGCCGAAAAACUGUCUACAUACGUGGUUGUGAGACGAAUUGUCCGGGAUCGCCACUCAAUGGGACGUAGGGGAGGUACUGUGACAUCAUCCAUCGAACCGCGUGUAACCGUUAAAUAUCUGAAAGAUACAUUUCUCUCAUCUACUGAUGUAACACUGCAGGUCAUUCCCACAGAUACACACCAUGUACAUGCAAGAAAACAAAAAUGGGAUACCCUGAAGUACAUUGUCUCAGCUUCGCCAAUACUACACAUAACGCAUGCGCGUGACGCCAAAGCAAAAAAGACGUUAGUAAUAACUUUGCCUGUGUAUCAGCUCGUUCCACACGAUGAAGAAGAAAAGAAAGAUGAAGAGAAGGCUUCUAGUGAUGAAUUCGGUUUUGGUAUGGCCAAAAGUCAACAGCGACAGGGGCAGCAGAAGAAGAAAAAGGAAGAGCCAAGGAAUACCGGUGAAGUAUUAUUCAUGGGGAGGAAUGGUCAGAGUUCAUGGGAACAAGUCAAAGGUGCCGAGCUUCGACACAGGCAAAGUGGUGGAAUAGAGGCCAAAGUAUCAGAUGGCUAUGACAGGUAA